GGAGUAAACGGGGUGGACGGUCGCGUUUGUGCGAAAAAAUGUCCGGCUACCGGAACUUAUCAUCUACGUGAGCGUGCGGCGAACGGUACUCGGUGAAUGCUCGUGAACGUAGUGUGCCACCGGCGCUAGUGCGUAAAACCGGCUCUGGUCGACUAUUGGCGAGUGGCGGUUCCCCUCUCUGGAAAACGAACGACAAAAGUGUGUGCGUCCUUCCCCCCGGCACGUGCACACGGGCGAAACACGGGGCCCUCACCCUUCGUCGAUGCCCGUUGCUCCGCUCGUCACGGCUAUGACGGUUCGAUCGCGCUGCGUAGUUGCGUGAAAACAAAACGAACGAGACGUAUCGCGCAACGGUGGUGUUGCGUGCCGCUUCUAGGUGGAUCGACCCUACCGCGGAAUCACGCAUCCUUCAAUCGAACAAUUUAACGAGCGCCUUGAACGAACAAUCGAACCUUAGGCGCAAAGGGAACGGAGUCACGGGGAAUCCAGAUGAGAAUGGGAAUUGCCAAGGGGGAAUGAUAGGAUGCAAGAGGGUAAUACGGCCGUUGCGCUAGCGAUGGUGACCCCCGGAUACGAUCAGGACCCUGCGAGUGGGGUCGCCGAUUAUACGACUCAUCAGGAUCAGGCCCAGUUCGAAGCCGACAAGAGGGCCGUUUUCCCGCUGCUGGCGUUACUCUUCGAAAGAUGCGAACAAGCGACCCAGAGCUCGGACAACUCCACGUCCGAAAGCUUCAACAUGGACAUACAGGCUUUUGUCCAGCACCAAGAAAGAGACCGAAAGCCUUUCCUGAUCAAUGACCCCGAGAUUGACGGUUUGAUGAUCAAAGCGAUACAGGUGCUACGUAUUCACCUACUGGAGCUGGAGAAGGUGCAAGAGUUGUGCAAGGACUUCUGCAACAGGUACAUCACGUGUCUGAAGGGCAAGAUGCAGAGCGAGAAUCUGUUACGCAGCGACUACAGCCACCACAGUCACGACAUGGGUCCGUCGAGUGGAAGCAACGGCAGCAGUCCGUUGCAGGUGCUGUCAUCUACAGGCAAUGAUGUUGAGUCGGGAGCUAACGGAUUCAGAGUGAGCCGUGGGGACGCCGUGGCGGAGAACGAUGGCGCGAAUUCGCACACGCGGGAAGAGAGCGUUAAUCACGAUCCACUUUCGUCGGUCCGACCGUCUUCCGCCAUCCAGCGCUCGGGCAAAUCCACUAGCCAGGACCUCGACGAUCCGCUCUCACCGUCCACUAUACAUGGAAGCACGCCUCUCUCGCAAAUCGGGGCGCAUCCAUGCGCCCCGGUUAACGACAUGUAUCUCGGCCAAGAUGACAGUAGCGAGUAUUUGCAGACAAUUUCUGACAGAAUAUAUCUAGAAGAAGCCGGAUACUGGGGAUUAGUUGCGUUGCAAGAGCGAAAAAAUGUGGAAUACGCGGAUACCAGAAAUGUUAACAAUAAAAAGUAUUUCGACAUUACAGUCGCAGCCUCGCCUUCCCCUGCGGCGAGCGAAGAUGAGGAGGAGAGUGCCAGCAACGUGGCUUCGAAUCAUGCUGGGAAUCAUAGAAAUAAUCACGGUAGCGCUAGAAAGGGACGUCAGAAACGGGGUGUCCUACCCAAACAGGCAACCAGCAUCAUGCGAACGUGGCUCUUUCAGCAUUUAGUACAUCCUUACCCAACCGAAGACGAGAAGCGUCAGAUCGCCAGCCAAACAAAUUUAACGUUACUACAAGUGAACAAUUGGUUCAUCAACGCCCGUCGACGAAUCCUACAGCCCAUGUUGGAUGGCGCGGGCACUGACGCGACGUCACGCGCGGGAAAACGUCACAAGACUUCGAAACACGCAGUGCAGCAACAAGCGGCUCAGCAGCAGCAAGCGGGCUGGCAGUCCGAUGAUUCGGCGAGUGAUUCGGGUUCUAGCGACGGUGAGGGAGGUGCCGCUAGAUCGAAAGACGGUAACGAUAGCGAUGAGGAUGAUCUUCACUGACCUCUGUCGAUCACCGAAACGUCAACCUCUUUACGGUACCUUCAAAUCCAGUUGCUCAUUACAGUAUUAAGAUAUUCGGGAAUAGAUAUCGCUUUAACUGUCAAAUACGUAAUUAAUCUUGUGAAAGUUAAGAAUAUGUGGAUAGAGGUUAUCACGCUCUCUGAUCAUUCGAUACUUUGAUAAUAUUCAUCAGCUACCCAACCGUCUGCUUUUUUAUGACAACUGAUUAGAUUUUUAAUCUCGGCUCAUAUAUUAUCCACACGUUAUAAUGGACUGGGAGACGAGAACUGAGAUUGAAUAGGUACUAGAAAGAGCAGCUUACUUUUAAGUACGUCUAACUCGAACGAACAUACAUACAUUUGUAUUAUGUUAUUUGAGAAAUGUUAUUUAUUUUUCAAUGACAAAUUUUUAAGUAAACUGCGCGCAAAUGGUGAAGAUAAAUCUAAGCUUUCUUUGGAAUCACGAUCUUUUGUUAUGUUACUUGUAACAAACAUAUGUUUCUGAUGAUUUAAUCUCUAUGAUGUCUAUUAUUUAUGACGCCUAUGGAUGCGUUCCACUUAAUGCUCGCAACGCUCAUGAAAUUGUUUCAUCUUUGUUGUUUAUGAAAUGUUAAACAAGAUCAAAUAAUGCUCGUGAGUGUUAUAAGCGCCAAAUGAAGAAACGCAUCUUAUGUAAUGUAUGUAAAAGAUAUAUUGUUUUAAAUAUAAUUACGUUAU